GUCGUUCAGUCAUUCAUUGUUCAGGUCGAGGUAGCUAGGUUAGCUUGUUAGCCAGGAUUACAAAGAGCUCCCAACUUUCCACGCAUGAACACAAGACUGUUUGAAUUUGAAGCGGACAUUUGAGAGUUUGUGAAAUCAAGAAUGAGCAAGAGGAAAGCGCCGCAGGAAUCCCUGAAUGAGGGAAUAACAGACUUCCUUGUCGAGUUGGCCAAUUACGAGAAAAACGUCAACAGGGCAAUACACAAGUACAAUGCUUACAGGAAAGCAGCAUCUACCAUCUCCAAGUACCCUAACAAAAUCAAAAAUGGUGAAGAGGCCAAGAAACUGGAUGGUGUUGGAGCUAAAAUAGCAGAAAAGAUUGAUGAGUUCCUACAAACUGGGAAACUACGGAAACUGGAAAAGAUUCGAAAUGAUGACACCAGCUCAUCCAUCAAUUUCCUCACCAGAGUUACUGGAAUUGGUCCUGCUGCCGCCAGGAAGUUUUUUGAAGAAGGGGUGAAGACAUUAGACGAUCUGAAGAAGAUUGAGCACAAGCUAAACCAUCAUCAACAGAUUGGACUCAAGUACUUUGAGGAAUUUGAGAAAAGGAUUCCACGAGCUGAAAUGGAAAAGAUGGAGACUCUUAUCCUCGGAGAGUUGGGGAAGAUCGAUACAGAAUAUAUUGGAACAAUCUGUGGCAGCUACAGGAGAGGUGCUGCAUCGAGUGGUGAUAUUGAUAUUUUACUGACCCACCCCAACUACACCUCUGAGACUGCGAAACAGCCCAAGCUCCUCCAUUCAGUGGUCGAACAUUUGGAGUCCAUUGGGUUUGUGACUGACACUCUGUCCAAAGGGGACACCAAGUUCAUGGGAGUGUGCCAGCUGCAGCAGAGUGAUGAAGAUGAGGAAGAGUACCUUCACAGGCGUAUUGAUAUCAGGUUAAUUCCCAAGGACCAGUACUACUGUGGAGUUCUGUAUUUCACUGGAAGUGAUAUCUUCAACAAAAACAUGAGAACUCAUGCUCUGGAGAAGGGCUUCACUCUUAAUGAGUACACCAUUCGACCACUUGGAGUCACUGGUGUGGCAGGCGAGCCUCUCAUGGUGGAUAGUGAGAGAGACAUCUUUGAAUACAUCCACUACAAAUACAGAGAGCCAAAGGACCGCAGCGAGUGAAGCAAAGGACGGUUUACAGUUACAUCAGAAGCUACAGCUUUCCCUGAAAACAGAUCAGAUCCGACACGUGUACAAAUGUGUGUGUUAGUGUGUCGCUCUAUAUACCGUAUACCAGUCAAAUAUGUCAUUGAACAGAAAAACAACUGUGAAAGUCAUUUUAAUUAUUUGUUUUGGAGACUUUUUCUAUGUUAAGUUGAAAUCAUCCCCAUUAAUGAAAUGUAAACCUAAACACACCUGUGCUCUGCACAACAAAAUUGUUGUUUUGUUUUUACCUUAGGUUUAGUUCACCGUGGUCGUGUAUCUUUGUGAAGGUGCUUGGACUCCAUUUUUAAAGGUUUCUAUAUCAUGCUCAACAGUAAUUUAUUUUUUAACCACACUUGUAAAUGUAAUAUUUUAUAUACCAAAAAGGGAUUAUAACAUGCCUUAGGAGGACUGGCUUCUGUUACACUUGUUUGUCCGUCCAUCAUGGACAGUGAGAACCACUAUCAUCAAGGCUUUAUUACAGUUUUGCCCUUUUAAACUUUGGCCAAGUUGUGCAAAGGUGUUUUUAGGUUUAGUUGUUUACACAUGCAGACAACAGCAAUAUCGCUACUAUAUUUUAGUAUUUGUUUUUAUCAGAUUCACCAUGGAAAUCCAAGAGUGUAGAAUUUCUCUUCCAAUUUGGGCAAAUGUAUGAAUAAGAUGUAAUGAUGCAAACAUUGUUUGUGGUUAAUGGGCUCAGUUUCUGGUUCUGGACACUAAUAUAGGACAAAAUGAUAAUUGGUUGAGACAAAUGAGGAUACACAUUUACCUCCUCAGUUAUUGAUUGUGUGAAUAUGACUGUUACACUGGUAGACUUGAUGAAUCUUUAGUAUGUGGUUGUGUGAAAAUGAUUAUAUGUGUGUGUAGGUCAGGACAUUAUUGUAUCUUCAGUGCUUUUCAGAAAGGCUUUUUGAAAGCAGCAGCUCAAAGUAAUAAAGUCAACCAGGUAACAGAAAUACUGUAUUAUGGUGUUACAUAUUUUAAUAUUUGACACAACUUGAAUAUUAGGAUUACAACUUUGAUUCAAUUUGGUAUGUGGAUGAUUGCAAACAUUUCAGAAAAUAUUUAAGAAAAAACAGAAAACAUGGGAAGCAGUUGUGUUGUGUGGGCUUGUAAACACCCGACUAUUGACUUUGAGCAUGUAUGAGUGAAAUAAAUGGGUUGAAAAUGA